UAUUAAUACCAUCACAGUGCGGGCAUCCGUGAUUUGUAUGUGGAUGUAGUGUCUAACAUUCCAGUGUGCGUGGUGUUGACGGUUCGUGAUUGACGUUUGACGGUUGAAGUUGACGUUGACAGUGAGGGCUGAGUGUGAGUGCAGUGAUUGUGCAGUGACCGGUAAGGAUAUUGGUGUCAAAGUCCCCGAGCACACCCAUCACUUUCAGUUGCUACUUCAGGAAUACACUAUGAGUUGCCUCAGACCGGCAAGCCCCUGUCCAGCGCUUGGCAAACUGCUCUGAGCGCCACAGCCAUGAGUGCCACCAACAAUAACAACAACAAUAACAAUAACAACAAUGCCAACAAGCAGACGCCCAAGCGGCCGGUGCGGAGAGGGGUGAAACCACCACCAGAACGUCCGCAACGGGCGCUAUUUUUCUUCACACUAAAAAAUCCUUUGCGGAAGUUGUGCAUAGAUGUCGUCGAAUGGAAACCCUUCGAAUGGUUAAUUCUAUUCACAAUUUUCGCGAAUUGCGUGGCACUCGCGGUUUUCACCCCUUACCCCAACAGUGAUUCCAACAUCACAAACGCUUAUUUGGAAAAGAUUGAAUACAUUUUUUUAGUGAUAUUUACAGUAGAAUGCGUAAUGAAGAUAAUCGCAUAUGGAUUUAUUGCUCAUUCUGGUGCAUAUUUGCGAAACGGCUGGAACUUACUAGAUUUUACAAUAGUAGUUAUAGGUAUGUUAAGCACAUUACUACAAAGUUUGUUGAAGGAGGGAUUCGAUGUGAAGGCGUUGAGAGCCUUCAGGGUAUUGCGACCUCUACGACUCGUUUCUGGGGUCCCAAGUUUGCAAGUUGUGCUAAACUCUAUCCUUCGUGCCAUGGUGCCUUUGUUACAUAUUGCUCUUCUAGUUAUCUUUGUCAUUAUUAUUUACGCGAUUAUUGGUUUGGAGAUGUUCUCGGGUACACUGCACAAAUCAUGCUACAAUAAGACUACAGGCCAGCUGAUGGACAAGCCACAUCCCUGUGCAGAUCCUGGAUCUGCAGGCUUCCAGUGCUCUGUCUACGGCAGUGAUAUGAUCUGUCAUGAAGGCUGGGAAGGACCAAACCAUGGCAUCACAAAUUUUGAUAACUUUGGUCUCGCCAUGUUAACUGUUUUCCAAUGUAUCACUCUAGAAGGAUGGACUGAUGUUUUAUACAAUAUAGAGGAUGCACUUGGAAAUACAUGGCAAUGGAUUUAUUUCAUUUCUAUGGUCAUACUUGGUGCUUUUUUUGUGAUGAAUCUAAUUCUUGGUGUCCUCAGUGGAGAGUUUUCCAAAGAAAGAGAAAAAGCUAAAGCGAGAGGUGAUUUCCAUAAGUUAAGAGAAAAGCAACAAAUAGAAGAGGAUCUGAGGGGGUAUCUAGACUGGAUAACACAAGCGGAAGACAUAGAACCAGAGGGAGAGGACCAAGGCAACAAUCAGGAUGGAAAAAACAAAAACGACCGUGAAACGGAAUCUGCUGAUAGGUUAGAAGGAGACGAGGGAGAAAUCCAGGAAUCGUGGUUCAGAAGAAAGAAAAAAGAUUUUGAUAGGGUCAACAGGAGGAUGCGGCGUGCUUGCAGAAAGGCAGUCAAAUCUCAGGCAUUUUACUGGCUCAUCAUCAUUUUAGUUUUUCUCAACACAGGAGUACUUGCAACUGAACAUUACGGACAACCAAAUUGGUUAGAUGAUUUUCAAGAGGCCACAAAUAUGUUCUUCAUAGCUCUCUUCACUCUUGAGAUGCUUUUAAAAAUGUACAGUUUAGGUUUUCAGGGAUAUUUUGUUUCAUUAUUCAAUCGUUUUGAUUGUUUUGUUGUUAUUGGAAGCAUAUCAGAAAUGAUUUUAACAAGAACACACUGGAUGCCACCAUUAGGUGUUUCUGUUUUGCGUUGUGUCAGAUUGCUCAGGGUUUUUAAAGUUACCAAAUACUGGCGAUCUUUAUCAAACUUGGUCGCAUCAUUGCUGAACUCAAUACAAUCUAUUGCAUCCCUGCUGCUCUUGCUCUUUCUGUUUAUUGUCAUCUUUGCUUUACUUGGAAUGCAAGUAUUUGGUGGGAAGUUCAACUUUGAGAAAGCAGUGGAAGACAAACCUCGGCAAAACUUUGAUAGCUUCUGGCAGAGUCUGCUCACAGUGUUCCAGAUACUUACAGGUGAAGACUGGAAUGCAGUGAUGUAUGAUGGGAUUCAAGCGUACCAUGGAGUGGGAGGUUUUGGGAUUCUAGCUUGCAUUUAUUUCAUCAUCCUUUUCAUCUGUGGUAACUAUAUCCUGCUAAAUGUCUUCUUGGCCAUUGCUGUAGACAACUUGGCUGAUGCAGAGUCCCUUACUGCAAUCGAAAAAGAAGCUGAUGAAGAGGCAGAAAAGCAAGCAGAAAUGGAUCAAAUGGGAGAAGGUGGAGAAAAUACUUCUCAACUAGAAGGUGAAGAGCACAUGGAUGAUGAUCAAAGAGAUUAUGACGGGAAUAUUGAUGAGGAAAAUGAAGAAAUGUCUGUCAAGGAUGAAGACACAAGAAGUCACACUAAAGUCUGUUUGGAGGUGGGUGAUAGUGAGGACUAUUACGAGGAACAAAAUGAUAAUCAAGUGGUAACAGGCGAACCCGGUGAGUCAAAAAAUGGAGAGGACAACCAGAGGAAAAGGUCUGCUUUGCCAAGGCGUGUUUCGGACACCAGCCAGAAAACUGAGAAAAAACCCCUCCCUGAAGGAAGCUCCUUUUUUGUAUUUAGCCAUACAAACAGGUUCAGAGUUUUCUGCCACUGGUUUUGCAAUCACAGCCACUUUGGAAAUGUAAUCCUAGUUUGUAUUAUGGUCUCCUCAGCCCUUCUAGCAGCAGAAGAUCCAAUACAUCAAGAUUCUCAGCGCAAUCAGAUACUGAACUAUUGUGAUUAUUUCUUCACUUCAGUUUUUACCAUUGAAAUAUGUUUAAAAAUGAUCUCCUAUGGUUUCGUGAUUCACGAUGGAGCAUUUUGUCGAUCUGCAUUUAACCUGCUCGAUCUCCUAGUUGUGUGCGUCUCUUUGGUCUCUAUAUAUUGGAAGUCAGGAGCUAUCUCAGUUGUCAAGAUUCUCAGGGUGUUGAGAGUUCUUAGGCCUCUGAGAGCCAUCAAUAGAGCAAAAGGAUUGAAGCAUGUAGUCCAGUGUGUGAUAGUCGCGGUAAAAACAAUCGGCAACAUUGUGCUGGUUACCUGUCUGCUUCAGUUCAUGUUUGCAGUUAUUGGAGUGCAAUUGUUCAAGUACGUAGUGAAAUGCGUGAUAGUAGCGAUAAAGACCAUCGGGAAUAUCAUGCUGGUAACAUACCUACUCCAAUUCAUGUUUGCUGUCAUAGGAGUUCAACUUUUUAAGGGGAAGUUCUAUAAAUGUAAUGAUGGAUCAAAGAUGUCCAAAGAAGAAUGCCGAGGCCAUUUUCUCACUUUUGCCGAUGGAGACAUCAAUAAACCAUCAAUAGAAAAAAGAGAAUGGGAACGAAACAGAUUUCACUUUGAUGAUGUGGCGGAAGCAAUGCUCACUUUAUUCACAGUUUCUACAUUUGAAGGCUGGCCUGGGCUUUUGUAUGUUUCUAUCGAUUCAAAUGCAGAGAACAGAGGACCCAUUCACAACUUUCGACCAAUUGUAGCAGCUUACUACAUUAUCUACAUCAUUAUAAUUGCUUUCUUCAUGGUCAAUAUUUUCGUUGGUUUCGUUAUUGUUACAUUUCAAAAUGAAGGUGAACAAGAGUACAAAAACUGUGAACUUGAUAAGAAUCAGAGGAACUGUAUUGAGUUCGCCCUCAAAGCAAAGCCUGUGCGAAGAUAUAUUCCUAAACACCGGUUCCAGUACAAAGUGUGGUGGUUUGUGACAUCACAGCCAUUUGAGUACACAAUCUUCGUCUUGAUCAUGAUCAAUACAAUCACUCUUGCCAUGAAAUUCAAUGAACAACCAGAAUUCUAUACCAAAACUCUUGACAUACUCAACAUUGUCUUCAGUGUUGUUUUUGCUGCAGAGUUCAUAUUCAAAGUAGCUGCAUUUAGAUUUAAGAACUAUUUUGGUGAUCCUUGGAAUGUGUUUGAUUUCAUCAUAGUGCUGGGCAGUUUCAUUGACAUAGUAUACGACAGACUAAACGAUGAAACUCCGGGAAAGGAGCGGCCAGGUUCCAGUCUAAUAUCAGUAAACUUCUUUCGGCUGUUUCGUGUGAUGCGUCUGGUGAAGCUUCUCAGUCGAGGAGAGGGUAUCCGAACGUUGCUGUGGACAUUCAUAAAGAGUUUUCAAGCUCUGCCUUAUGUAGCUCUGCUUAUCAUCAUGCUUUUCUUCAUCUAUGCUGUCAUUGGAAUGCAGGUUUUUGGGAGGAUUAGACUAGGUUCUUCAGCAGAGGAAUCGCACAUCCACAGGAACAAUCACUUCCAUACAUUCCCUCAAGCCGUUUUGGUCUUGUUCCGGUCAGCUACAGGUGAAGCUUGGCAAGAAAUCAUGCUGGACUGCUCCCACCGCCCCAACAUUGUGUUGUGCGAUGAGGAGACAGGGGAAGGGGAUAACAAGGAAGGAUGUGGAUCUGAUAUAGCCUUUCCUUACUUCAUUUCAUUUUAUGUACUCUGUUCUUUUUUGAUCAUUAAUUUGUUUGUUGCUGUUAUUAUGGACAACUUUGACUAUUUAACACGUGAUUGGUCAAUCUUGGGUCCUCAUCAUUUGGAUGAAUUUAUUCGGUUGUGGAGUGAAUAUGACCCAGAUGCCAAAGGCAGAAUCAAACAUCUAGAUGUUGUUACACUGUUGCGGAAGAUUUCACCACCUCUUGGUUUUGGAAAACUUUGCCCUCAUCGAGUGGCUUGCAAGCGGUUAGUGUCAAUGAAUAUGCCUCUAAACAGCGAUGGCACAGUGCUGUUCAAUGCUACUCUCUUUGCUGUGGUACGCACAUCUCUCCAUAUAAAAACAGAAGGCAACAUUGAUGAUGCGAAUGAGGAACUUCGUGCAGUGAUAAAGAAGAUUUGGAAAAGAACCAGUCCUAAGCUCCUGGAUCAAGUAGUCCCUCCUCCUGGCGUUGACGAUGAAGUUACUGUUGGAAAGUUUUAUGCCACAUUCCUUAUUCAAGAUUAUUUCAGGCGAUUUAAGAAAAGAAAAGAACAGGAACUUAAAGAUGGAGACAAGGAGUCACACAAUACAGUUACUUUACAGGCUGGUUUACGGACAUUGCACGAUGCAGGACCAGAACUGAAACGAGCGAUUUCAGGCAACUUGGAAGAGCUCAUUGAUGACAACCCAGAACCCAUGCACAGACGAAAUCACUCUUUGUUUGGGAGUGUUUGGUCCUCAGUGAGACGUGGUCGUGGGAGCUUCCAUCGAGCUAAAUCUCUGAAAACCAAUGCCACUAAUAUCAAGAUGAAUCAUCUGGACAUCCCUGGAAGAAAUCUUAGAAAGGUGUCACCAACAAACUCAAUAGACUACUUGCCUUACAACUCUCUCCAGAGAGCUGUCACAGAUGGCAUGAACCACCUCAACAGCUUGGUCAAACCUGCUGUCCCUGGUGAAAAGUCAAUGCAGGACAUCGGCCAAACAGCAGAAGAUGAGUCUAUGAUUCCAUUACGGCAUCUAACAGUUUCCAAUGGGGAUGCUGACAUGACUUAUCACCCGUAUCAAAUCAUAGACAUGCCAGACGGGCGCCGGAACAUGGAAGUGAGUGGGCCCACCCCACCUCCACGCCGCAUGCUCGGCUGUAUCGGUGGUGGCGGUCCGCUCUCACCGAGUUUCCCUCGCAUUGCUGGAGGCCUCAAGCUCGCUCAAACUCAGGCCAUGGCAGUUGCUGUCGGCUUUAUGCCAGAACCCCAACUGGGUUUUGGCAAACGAUCCCCUUUGCUCCACAGAGCUUCCUUUCAUGGCAGAGGCAGCAAACCUGGGGAGUCCAACGGCAGCCUGACCAUGGACAGAUUAUCCCACUCACUGCCAGGGAGUCCAGCUGACCGAAGGCCAAUCUUCCCAGAAGUCGUCGGCUCAGCCGAAAGCCUGGUUGGCAGGGUACUGGUGGAACAAGGACUAGGUAAAUUCUGUGAUCCAGAGUUUGUGCGAUACACGUCACGUGAGAUGCAGGAAGCUCUCAACAUGACGCAAGAGGAGAUGGAUCGCGCGGCGCACCGUUUGCUGCUCCAGGAGCAACAAGGCCGGCCCAUCUCGUUCCAGGGACAGUCAGGACCCGAUCCUCACUUAUAGCACAUUGCCCCCCUCAUUACAACCAAGUGCCUAAACACUUUAUGGUCUCUAUGGUCCGAACUCAAUGACAGUUACUCUCAUGUGUCUCUCGUACUGACAUUUUAACUAUAUUUUCCUCCCUUCUAUCCAUGGAUUAUUUUGUAUUGUACAUGGUCUAUUUUGAUUUGUUGGUGGAUUGUUCAGUUGUUUUAUGAACAGGUCUAGAUGCUCCAUUGAAUAUUCUAAGAAAUAAAAGUGAGACUCAGAUAGCAUCUAAAAUAUUUGUGCAAGUUUUUAUAAAUGCAAUUGUGAGAAUAAUAGUUGAAAGAAUAACUUAAAAUUUUUAUAAGAUGUAGUACAAUAAUUGUUCUCAACUGUUUUUAAUGUCGAUGUAUUGGAGAGAAUGGGUUUCUUUUAUAUUUUAUUUUUUAACUACUCAGAAGUCUGAUAGUUCAUUUGGUUCGUAAUGCUGUUAAUCCUUAUUGCAAUUUGCUGUCUUUAAAUUGUUGUGUAUUACUCUGGAAAUUUAAUUAAUUUGUACCUGGCAGGCCCAGGUUAUUCUAAAGCUGUAUAAACACUAAAAUGUAAAUCUAAGUGUGAUUGGUUUAUAAAUGUUGAAAAGUAUUUUUGAAAAAUUGAUUAAACUGUGUGUAGAUGCAGACUACUACUUGGAUUUCUGACGUUCUCUAAAUGUAUGUUCAAUCGUAUUUGUUAUAUCUCACAAGGAGGAUUUGGCUGAAUAUUGUAAAUUUUUAUAAGUGUCCAUUUUGAAAAAAAUUAACAAGAA